CGACAGAACAAGCGCAAUGAAGACGGUUUUGAUUACGGGGGCUAACAGGGGCCUAGGGCUCGGGAUGGUGAAAUAUCUCACUAAACAGAAGAAGGCAGAGAAUAUAUUCGCCACUUGCCGGAACUCUUCGGAGGAACUCACAAAACUGUCGCAAGAAUAUGAAAACCUACAUAUUUUGAAUUUGGAUGUAACAAACAUAGCAGCAUUUAACGACGUUGCGUCGCAGAUUUCCAAACUGGUUGGAGCCCAAGGGUUGAAUUUGUUGAUCAACAAUGCGGGAGUUACCACUAAAUUCACUAAACUGGCUCUGGUCAAACCGGAGCAGUUGUUGGACAAUUUGACCGUCAACACGGUCGCUCCCAUCAUGCUUACAAAGACCCUAUUGCCACUCCUGAAGCAAGCGGCUGAAGCGAACAGCGACAAACCAAUGGGGACCCAAAGAGCUGCCGUUAUCAACAUGAGCUCCGUCCUCGGCUCCAUUGCACAAAAUGACCAGGGUGGAUUUUAUCCGUAUCGGUGUUCUAAGGCAGCCUUGAAUGCAGCCACCAAGUCAAUGAGUAUAGAUCUGAAGAAAGACCACAUUCUCGUUGCGUCUAUGCACCCUGGCUGGGUGAAAACAGAUAUGGGCGGGAAGAACGCGCCUCUCGAUGUCGAUACCAGCAUCCAGGGCAUCUUCGAAACAGUUUCCAAACUUAGCGAGGGUGAUAGCGGGAAAUUCCUGCAAUACGACGGCACCGAGUUGCCAUGGUAAAAAAUAAAGUGUGCCUGUAGAAACUGACAGCAUAAUUUUUACUUUACAUUUUUUAAAAUGUGUUUUUGUAAUUCGAAUAAAUUUAAUUUAUCGUAGUUA